AUUGUUCACAUGACAUGUGCAUAGAAGAGGAUAAUAUAUGCAAUCUGAUAACUACUCCAGAUUUUCCCACUUCAUCACUUUAAUGGCUCUUUCACCUUCCCCUUCUUCUCUGCAAUCUUCCAUUUUUCAGCAACCCAUUAAAGUAUUACACCCAACUCUUCUCGCUCCUUGCUCUUUCAAGCCUAGCAGCAAACGCAGGGUGCUCACAAUUCGUGGAGCUGCUGCAGCCACGCUUGAAUCUUCAGCUGCUGCUAAUAACAAUGGCGCUGUUGGGAUAGUUACACCAAAAGAUGCUUCUUUUGGUAGGCAGUACUUUCCUUUAGCUGCUGUUGUGGGCCAGGAUGCUAUUAAAACUGCUCUUUUACUCGGGGCUAUUGACCGUGACAUAGGAGGGAUUGCAAUCUCUGGUAAGCGAGGAACAGCCAAAACAGUAAUGGCCCGUGGCUUGCAUGCAAUUCUUCCGCCCAUUGAGGUCGUGGUUGGCUCAAUAUCAAAUGCUGAUCCAGCCUGCCCAGAAGAGUGGGAAGAUGGACUUGCUGAUAGGGCAUAUGACUCUGAUAAAAAUGUCAAAACAGAGAUAAUCAGAUCUCCUUUUAUACAGAUUCCACUUGGUGUCACAGAAGAUAGACUGAUCGGAUCUGUGGAUGUAGAGGAGUCUGUGAAAUCAGGGACAACUGUUUUCCAGCCGGGCCUUCUUGCUGAAGCUCAUAGAGGAGUUCUGUAUGUUGAUGAGAUUAAUCUUCUGGACGAGGGUAUCAGUAAUUUGCUCCUUAAUGUGUUGACUGAAGGAGUCAAUAUAGUUGAAAGAGAGGGCAUCAGCUUUCGCCAUCCAUGCAAGCCACUUCUAAUUGCAACUUAUAAUCCAGAAGAGGGUGCUGUACGCGAACAUCUUCUUGACCGUAUUGCAAUAAACUUAAGCGCAGAUAUCCCAAUGAGUUUUGAAGACCGCGUUGCAGCUGUUGGUAUUGCAACAGAAUUUCAGGAAAGUAGUAAUGAAGUGUUUAACAUGAUGGCAGAAGAGACAGACUAUGCAAAGACUCAGAUUAUAUUGGCAAGGGAAUAUUUGAAAGAUGUUAUUAUUAGCAGAGAGCAACUGAAGUAUCUUGUUAUGGAAGCCCUCCGAGGAGGUUGCCAGGGUCAUAGAGCUGAACUAUAUGCUGCCCGUGUUGCAAAAUGCUUAACUGCUCUUGAAGGGCGCGAGAAAGUCAUUGUGGAAGACUUAAAGAAAGCUGUUGAACUGGUCAUACUUCCACGUUCAAACAUCUCUGAGACGCCCCCUGAGGAACAAAAUCAGCAGCCCCCACCUCCACCACCUCCACCACAAAGUCAAGAAGAUUCUUCUGAAGAACAAAAUGAAGAGGAAGACAAGGACCAGGAGGAGGAAAAUGAGGACGAGAAAGAUGAGGAGAAUGAACAACAGCAGGAUCAAAUACCUGAAGAGUUUAUAUUUGAUGCAGAAGGUGGUCUGGUGGAUGAGAAACUUCUCUUCUUCGCACAGCAAGCACAGAGACGCAAAGGAAAAGCUGGGAGAGCAAAAAAUGUUAUAUUUUCUGAGGAUAGAGGGCGAUAUAUUAAGCCAAUGCUUCCAAAAGGUCCUGUAAGAAGGUUAGCAGUUGAUGCAACUCUUAGAGCAGCUGCGCCUUACCAGAAAUUGCGAAGAGAGAUGGACACUGAAAAGAUUAGGAAAGUCUUUGUCGAGAAAACUGACAUGAGAGCUAAACGAAUGGCACGGAAAGCUGGAGCCCUGGUAAUAUUUGUCGUUGAUGCUAGUGGGAGCAUGGCACUCAAUCGAAUGCAGAAUGCAAAGGGUGCAGCCCUAAAAUUGCUAGCUGAGAGUUAUACAAGCAGAGAUCAGGUUGCCAUUAUUCCAUUUCGAGGAGAUUCUGCAGAAGUUCUCUUACCUCCUUCCAGAUCAAUUUCAAUGGCAAGAAAACGUCUUGAGAGACUUCCAUGUGGAGGAGGUUCUCCUCUAGCUCAUGGUCUUACAACGGCGGUCAGAGUAGGGUUGAAUGCUGAAAAGAGUGGUGAUGUUGGGCGGAUAAUGAUUGUUGCAAUAACUGAUGGAAGAGCUAAUAUAUCACUAAAAAGAUCCACUGAUCCCGAAGCUGCUGCUGCUUCUGAUGCACCUAAACCAUCUGCAUCGGACUUAAAGGAUGAGAUUCUUGAAGUGGCAGGUAAGAUAUACAAAGCAGGAAUGUCACUUCUGGUGAUCGACACAGAAAAUAAGUUCGUGUCAACUGGAUUUGCAAAAGAGAUUGCUAGAGUUGCACAAGGAAAAUAUUACUACUUGCCAAAUGCUUCAGAUGCUGUUAUAUCCGCCACAACAAAGAAUGCCUUAUCGGAUUUAAAGAACUCAUAAUUUUGUAUAGUCAGCCAUUUUUCCCUCUCGUUUCGCAGGAGUUAGUUGCAAUAGUUGAGAUUAACUAAGCUGUGUGAUAGAGAGUCCUCAAUGUAUAUACCAAUUAAUUUCUACAAGGUGUUGCUACAACUAUUGAACAAUUAAGAUGGUUGCAGUAAGAUGAAAUGUUCUCUCUCUGAGAACUGCAAUUUUUACAACAUAACUAAAGAAAUCAUAACUAAUUAAUUUUU